AUGGAAAAUGAUAUCUUUGAUUCACAAGAAUUUUUAAUCGGUGAAGAACUUGAAGCUGAUUUUCAUUGCGUUGAGGAAGACCAAGAAAAUGAAAAUAUUGGUCCAUCUUCUGUCUUAUAUCCUAGUUCAACCAGUAGCAAAAAUAAUGAUUUAAUACGUAAUAGUAGAAUAGGUGAACUUGCUUCAAAUAAAGCAGGUCUUCAAGGAAUCGAUAAAGAAAAAGUUAAACAAAUUAUCUAUGAAGCUUCAAAAAGUUCUGCAUUUUAUCUUAACGAAGCCAAAAAGGAUGAAGCUUUAGGUCUCAAACUUAAACAAAUGAUGAAAAAAUACGAAUCGCUUAAAAAACAAGACUUAACUACUCUUAAUAGUAAAGUUGAUAGUUUGAUACAAGCAGCAGAACGUGAGAGAGAUUUAUCUCAUAUAAUUGUACACAUUGAUAUGGAUGCUUUUUAUGCCGCUAUUGAAGAAAGGGAUAAUCCUUCUUUACGUAAUAAACCAAUGGCUGUGGGUGAUAACUCUAUGUUGAGCACUUCAAAUUAUGAAGCUCGAAAUUAUGGUGUACGUAGUGCGAUGCCUGGAUUUAUCGCAAAGAAAUUAUGUCCCGAACUUAUCAUAGUUCCAUGUAACUUUGACAAAUAUCGUGCAGUUUCGAAACAAAUACGUGAGAUAUUUUCUCAUUAUGAUCCAAAUUAUACUCCUAUGAGUUUGGAUGAAGCAUAUUUAGAUAUAACAAAGUACCUUGAGACAACUGAUGAAUCCCCGGAUAAUGUAGUUGAACAAAUUCGGAGAGAGAUACAUGAAGAGACUCAAUUAACUGCUAGUGCUGGUAUUGCUGCAAACAAGUUAUUGGCUAAAAUAUGUUCUGAUUUAAAUAAGCCAAAUGGUCAGUAUAGACUUCAAAACAAUAUUGAUGAUAUAAUGAAAUUCGUUCGACCUCUUUCUAUCCGCAAGAUUCCUGGCAUCGGUCGAGUCACUGAAAGAAUCCUAAAUGAAAUGGAUAUUAAAACUUGUGGUGCAAUACUUAAUAAUCGCGUUUAUAUACAUCAGAUGUUUUCAUUAACUUCAUUCAAUUUCUUCAUUCGAGCUGCACUUGGAAUUGGGUCGACUAUUGUUAAAACAACAUUCAGCAGUUUAAAUAGACCCAAUGAUAUAUAUGAGAAACUUCGUGAGUUGGCUGAUCACCUGGCAGCUGAUCUCUUAAAGGAGCGUCUUCAAGGAAAAACAAUCGCAAUAACAUUUAAAUUAGUUAAUUUUAAAUUGAUUACACGUGAAAGAUCUGUUAAGAAAUAUAUACAUACAGCUGAUGAUAUAUAUAAUAUCGGAAAACAAAUUGUAACAGAUGAAUUGCCUUUGAAUAUAAGGCUUUUGGGAAUUCGACUUUCUAAUUUGAGUUCACGUGAUUGUGAAAAUGGGUUGAAAAUGUGGUUUUCUCAACAAAAUAAUCAACAACAAAAUAGUCAACAACAAAAUAAUCAACAAAGUAAUCAACAAUCAAAAAGGUCACAACCUGCUCUUGAAUUAUUAGUAAAACCGAAAGCAGAGAACAAUGGUCUGAAAAGGUGGUUUUCAGUUCAAGAAGAUGCAGCUCAACAAAAAAAGAGCGUUAAAAGGCGACUCAUUACUUUUGAAUCAUCUGAAACGCUGUCAACAAAUUUGCCAACAAAUUGUGAAUCCACUACAGAGCUGUCGAAUUCAACUCAAGUAACAAGUGAGGAAUAUAAUAAAUGGUGCCCUACAUCAACUACUUUUAGGAAGGAUACUUGCCCAGGUUGUAAUAAGCUGUUUUUAAAUGUGUCAAAUAUACAUUUUAAUGAGCAUCUGAACAUGUGCUUGAAAACAAUGGAGAUAGAUGAAAUCAAUGAUAGAAGCAUGGAUCAGUUGAACUUGUCCGUACAAGAUGCACCAAACGCUAAAAAUUGGCCAAAUGAUGAAAAAGUUGAGAACAUAAUGGUCAAUUCUAGACGAAAUAAGACUAUUUACGGGCAUCAUUCUUCUUGGGCAUCUGACGUCCUUUUACUUGAUUCGUUCAGUAUGGUCUACUGUUUAUUUCUCGUAGUAAAUUGA